UUAUUAUUGGUUUAUUAUAUGUAAUUAAAUAUGCGUAUAUUUGCAAUUCCUAUAGUAAAAAAUCGACUUGUAUAUUAUUGUCAUUCAACUCUUCCUACUACAUCACGACUUACAAAACUAGUACAUUGGUCUAAUAAGAAAUGGGAUGAAUUAGGGAAUGCCAAGGAAGAUACAUGGAAAAAGAAACUUCAUGAUAAAGGAAACGAUAUGAUGAAUAGAUUAGAUUAUCAAGAAUGGUUUUUAAAAGGCAUUCCUACUAAAGAACAUAUAGAAAAAUUACCAGGAAAGGUGAUCGCUUAUCAUCCUUCAGAUGUAACAGCUGAUGAUGUUGAACAUAAUUUGAAAUUGAUUCUCGACAAACAUCUUCCAUAUCAUCAAAAAUAUAUGAAAUAUUCUGCUUAUUGGGUACCUGUAUCUUGUACAUUUGUUGUAGUUCCUUUGAUUCCAAACAUUCCUUUGGCUUAUAAUUUAUUUCGACUUUAUUCUCAUUAUAAAGCUUAUAAGGGAGCACAAUAUUUAGAACAUCUUAUUGAUGAUGGUAUUCUUCAAUAUCAAACCUCUUUAGAUAUCGAUAAUUAUGUUCAUGGUGAUUAUCUUGCUCAUCCUGAAGCCAUUGUAUUCCCCGACAAUUUGAUCAAGACUUUUAAAACAACUUCCAAAUUAGAUUUACAUAUGUUUGAUGGUGAUCUCCCUGGUGUAUUGAAUAAACAAGCUAUUGCUGACCUUGCUCAAAAAUGUCAAACUCCAAGUUUAGAAUUAGAAUUAUUACGUGCACGCAAACAGAUUUUAGCUACCAUUUUCUUAUCCCAACAUCAAAUCAAAAAAUAAAAUAUAAUAAUUC